AUGGAAUUUCGACGAAUGCAGCCAUUGCUGCGCCUUUCAUCGCGGCCUCUUCUGAGUUUUUGCAGGCAGAUCAGCGUUUAUGAUGACGAAAUGGAUCAAAUCAUGAGACCCAGCUGGCACGUCGUUAUGAAUGGAAAGUACAACAAGGGUCUUGCGUUCACCGUCAAUGAGCGGCAACGUCUGGGCAUCAUGGGAUUGAUGCCCUGCUCCGUGCGCACCAUGGAUGAUCAGAUGAAUGCAGCACAUGCCAAUUUUGAGGCCAGACCCUCCGAUAUCGGGCGAUUUACAUACUUGAGUGCACUCCACAAUCGACACCGGCGACUGUACUACCGGUUCAUCAAGGAAAAUAUCGAAAGAGCACUGCCCAUUGUCUAUACACCAACGGUGGGCGAUGUGGUGAGCACCUAUGGCCUCAACUUCCAGCAGGCCAUCAGCCUGUUCAUCAGCAUUCACGACAAGGGCCACAUUCGGGAUCUAAUGCACAACUGGGUGGACGAGGGCGUGAAGGCCAUCUGUGUGACGGAUGGCGGAAGGGUCCUGGGCCUCGGUGACAUGGGCGCCAAUGCCAUGGGCAUUAGUUUGGGCAAAAUGAUCCUUUACACGGCACUGGGCAGCAUUCCUCCCAGCACCCUAAUGCCCGUCUGUCUGGACGUGGGUACCGAUAACCAAGCCCUGCUCCAGGAUCCCCUCUAUGUGGGGGCCCGAAUUCCGCGGGUAACGGGACCGGAGUACGAGGAACUGGUGGAUGAGUUUAUGGAGUCGGCGGUCAAGUGCUUCGGACACAGCACUUUUAUUCACUUCGAAGACUUUGCCACGCCCAACGCCUUGAAGUUCCUGGAUAAAUACCAGCACAAGUACUGCUGCUUCAACGAUGAUAUCCAGGGAACGGGUGCCACUGGCCUGGCCGCGUUCAUCAAUGUGGAGCGCAUCACGGGCCGCAAACUGGAGGACACCACAUUCCUUUUCGUGGGCGCUGGCAGUGCGGCACUGGGAAUCGCCAAUAUGCUGGCCAUGGAACUGGAGGUACGCGGCCUUCCGGUGGAGGAGGCAACCAAAAACAUCUACCUGAUGGAUCUCAAUGGUGUGUUAACUUACGAGUCGCCAAAUCCACCGGAGCUAGGGAAAAUAUUUAUGAAGCGCAUGGAGCCCAUGAAGGAUCUUAUGGCCGUGCUGGAGAAGCUGAAGCCAUCCGUACUUGUCGGAGCCACUGGCGUGGCUGGCAUUUUCAACGAAGAAGUAUUGAAAACGAUGGCCAAAAAUCACGAACGUCCUGCAGUUUUUCCCCUCUCGAAUCCAACUUCCAACUCGGAAUGCACCGCCGAACAGGCCUUUACACACACUGAGGGCCGCGUGCUUUUCGGCUCCGGAUCGCCCUUUCCGCCAGUGGUCAUCAAUGGCAAAAGAUAUGUCCCUGCCCAGGCAAACAACUGUCUGACUUUUCCGGGCAUCGCACUGGCCGCCAUUACGGCAAAGGCCCGAUAUCUGCCGAAUGCCGUAUUUUCCGUGGUGUCGCACGAGCUGGCCAGGAGUACGCCGCAGGAACUGCUGGAUAAGGGCACCCUGUUUCCGCCCAUCAAGGAUGCCAACACUGUGGCCUUCAAUGUGGGCGUAGCGAUGAGUCAGUAUCUGUUCGAUAAUGGUCUUUCAUCUAUUUACCCAAAGCCCGACGAUGUCUGUGCGUUUGUCAAGAGUCGUCUGUAUAAAUUCGAGUACCGAAACUCACUGCCAACUACUUGGAAAUAUCCCAAGGAACCGCCAGCACCCAAAACAAAACCCAAGACCAGGCCCACGAAAAAAGCCACGAAGUAAACUUGGCCGGGAUUCCGUUUUUUAUCGAACACUACUGACCUGCUUUUCAGCUGAGAGAGAGAGCCUUGUGUGUAAUUAGUUGCAGAUGCAAGACUACAAGGACCCACAUACACGAAGACAUACACAUACAACAAAGUGGCACGAUAAAUGCCCGACAUUUUAACGUUAUUAUUGUCCUGUCAACGGGAACGGAGAGCCAGUUGACAUGCUCGUGCGCCUGUGUGUGUGUGUGUGUGUGUGUGUGUGUUUGUGUAUCCAGCUGAUUUGCAUAUAAAAUAGGACGAAAUGUCUGCUCACCAAAAAUGUCAA